AAUCCAUUAAUAUUACAUUAAUAACAUCAUGUUUGUUAAAGUUUUUAAAAUAAAAUAAGCCUUUUAAAUUUUGAAAAUAAAAGUACAAGUAUAUUUUUGAGUAAAUAAUUAGGUCAGUCGAUUAAAAAGUUUUGCCAAUUUGGUUACCGGUACGUCAAGAGGAUAUUCAUUCGAGAAAUUAAAUUGAAAACAAACUUGUUUAUAAGUAAAUAACAAUAUCAAUUUCAAAAGUGAAAUACGGGUUCUAUUAAGUGUUUCAGUUACUUGUGUUUAUAAGUUUAUUAUUCGAAGUUCUAAGUGAAAUAUGGCAGAACACGAUUAUUUAGAUUCAAUGGAGAACAAUCACUUAGAUGGAGCCAACGGUUCUCUUAACAUGACAGAUAAUAGCUCGGGCGGUGGUGAUGAGGCAUCGGGUACAGGUUUACCUGACAUAGCAGCUAUCAAAGCCCGAGUGCAGGAGAUGGAAGAGGAAGCAGAGAAACUAAAACAAAUGCAAACUGAAGUUGAUAAACAGAUGAGUAUGGGAAGCCCGCCUGGAAUAACAAGCCCAUUGAAUAUGUCAUUGGAAGAGAAAAUAGAAGCCGACAAUAGGUCAGUGUAUGUUGGUAAUGUGGAUUAUGGAGCAACAGCUGAAGAGUUGGAACAGCAUUUUCAUGGUUGUGGAUCCAUUAAUAGGGUUACUAUUUUAUGUAAUAAAUUUGAUGGUCACCCCAAAGGUUUCGCUUAUAUUGAAUUUGGAGACAAAGACAGUGUACAAACUGCAAUGGCUAUGGAUGAAUCAUUAUUUAGAGGCAGACAAAUUAAGGUGAUGCCUAAGCGCACAAAUAAGCCAGGGCUGUCCUCAACCAACCGGCCACCCAGAGGGUCGCGCGGGCGAGGCCGCUCCUACCGCGGCGGCUACUCGCCCUACUACGCCAGCCUCAGACCCGCGAUCCGCCGCGGCAGGGGUAUAAGGCGGGGAUCAUACUACAAUCCGUACUGAGUAUGGUAGAGGGGCACCUGCCCCUGAUAAUUAGUGAUAAGUUAGAGGACCUUGUCCGGUUAAGUUAACAGUGGUUUAGUGAGUGUACUAUGAACUGUUAUUUUAAUUUCUCAUAGGGUUUUAAUAAAGCCACUAACUUUUAUUUUAAAAGGUUACACAAUGUUCAUCAUACCUUUGAAUUUAAAUGCAGUCUCAACAUGAAGAUCAAUUGUAGCUUUAGCUUUAAUGAGGUAAAGUUUUGUAUUUAUCUGAGAAUGUGAAUGUAAAAAAUCAUAUAUUCAAUGUGUAAUUAUUGCUUAUUUUAUUUUAAAUAUAAACACACUGUUAGAUUUCUAUUCUAAAGCAAAGAACAGAAGUGUAGUAAUUUUCACAGAUUGGUAUUAGAGAUAAUGUAAAAACAUACAUAGAUUUUGUGUACCUGCAACAAGCGAGACAUGUUACAUGUUUGAAUAAUAGUUGAGGAAGCAAUUUGAAAUGAUGAGAAUAAGAAUGACGAAGGAUGUAUUGAAAGCAGAACCCAAUAUUAGUGCGCUAUUUAAUAUAACACCAUCACUUUUUAAGUUAAUUAAUUAUUUACACAACAACAGAUAAAGAAAUUUGUUAACAAGUCCACAAUUUUACUAAUUACCAACUGCUUGAGACUGACAAAUAAAAUUUUUAAUAUGGUAAAUAAGUCAUAAAUAUUUUUUUCGCUUCAUUUUUCUGUGACAAUUUAAACCACCUUACACACUUUGUAAUAAUUAAGUUUUUGUGCACAGUAUUAUGUAAGAUUUAUCUGUAAUGUUCUGAAAAUAAAAAUGAUACAUGGUAUCAUCACAUUUUAAACAUAUUGGACUUAAUGUAUAUUUAGGAGCUGUUUUUAGUUAUUAAAAAUAUUAAUGCCAUCAUUUUAUCAUGCUAUCGAGUUCUGUCUUGAUACAAAAACCAAGAACCUUUGGAAAGAAACUGACAAAGUAAUCUCAUUGUGAGAGUAGUUUUAAUUGUAUAUAUUUUUUUCACCAUGGCAUAUUUUUUGUAUUG